AUGUUCUCCGCCGUAUCACCUUCACUUCGCAUGUCUGCUGCUCGCCUGCUCAGCCGCACACCCAACCCCUUGGUACCAGGUAUCAGUUUCGAUGCCUGCGCGGACAUCCCUCCUGCUUGCGCGGACGAUGCUGCUGCCUGCGCGGACGACAUUGCUGCCUUCACAGAUGAGUAUCGCCAUCCCUCUCCUCAACCUCCUCUGCCUUUGAUUUUUUCAUCAUCCAUCAUUAUCUCGCCCACGCAUUCCUCAUGUCACCCCACCUGCUCGCACCACACUCAAGGGUUCCCCCAGGUCUUAGGUUUCUCUGGACCCGCAUGCAGCGACUUGGCGGGCCGUAGGGCGCUCUUCCUUGGCUGCUCCAACCCGACCGCCUCUCACACGCUCCUCCCAAGAGACAAGAUGAGUACCUCCGCUCCUUCCCUCUCUGCCUCCGCCUUUUCUUGCUUAUGCAAUGUACCCUCUGGGGUUGGUGGUGGUGGUGCUGUUGGUGGUGACGGCGGUGGUGGUGGUGGUGGUGGUGGUGGUGGUGGUGGUGGUGGUGGUGGUGGUGGUGGUGGUGGUGGUGGAGCACUCCUCUCUGUGAGGAGUGGUGGUGGUGACAUGCCAUGCCAUGCCAUGCAGUGGCACUGCUGGCUGGCAGUGAGGGAGUGGCACCUAGCCUCCUGGAUGGAGGCGGCGGCGACGCGAGAAGCAGGCAUGGGGUUCGUGUCGAGCGUGCUGGUGGGGUUGGUGAUCGGCGUGGUCAUCAUGUACGCCUGGAACUACUUCAUGGCCGUCCGCCAGGCCAAGAGGAACGCUGUGAAGAGCGACCUGAUGGCGGUGCAGGGAAUCGGGUUGAACGAGCUUAAAGCCAUCUGCGGGCCGCUCUGCCCCACCUGGGUCAAGUUCACCGAAUACGAUGAUGCGGAUUGGGUGACGCGGAUGCUAUCGGAGCUGUGGCCGCACAUCAACAAGGCGACGAGUCAGGUGGUGCGCGAGACCAUGGAGCCAAUACUGGAGGCCAACCGCCCCUCCAUCGUCUCGUCCAUGACCUUCCACAAGUUCGAACUGGGCAAGGACCGCGAGAAGGCGCCGCACAUCGAAGGCAUCAAGCUGCACAAGACGGGAGCGGAGGAGGACCAGGUGAUAAUGGAUCUGCUCAUCUACUGGCAGAGCGACGCCUCCAUCGUUCUCAACAUCAAGACUGCUGCUGUCACGCUGCAAGUGCAGGUCAAGAACCUGGUGUUCCGGGCCACGCUGCGCCUCAUUUUUCAGCUGGGCGAGCAGAUGCCCUGCAUCGACGCUGUCGUCGCCUCGCUUCUGCGCAAGCCGCGUCCCACGGUGGAUUUUGUACUCAAGGCGGUGGGGGGAUCGCUGGCCGCCAUUCCAGGGCUGGAGAAGCAGAUCGACAGCACGGUGGCAUCGGUGCUGGAGUCGGUCAUACUGUGGCCGGAGCGCAUCGUCAUCAAGCUCAACCCGGCCUUUGAUGAGAAGUUGCUGGAGAUGAAGUAUGAGGGCGAGUUGGUGGUGACGGUGGUGCAGGCAGAGGGGGUGAAGAACGUGGAUACACUGGGCAAGUCGGACCCGUACACCACAAUCUGGCUCAACCCGAAGCACAUGGCCAAGACGGGCGUGUGCAAGAACAACCUCAACCCCUCGUGGAACGAGACGUUCCUGCUGCCUGUCGAUGACCCGCACACCGCCGAGCUCACUAUUAAGGUGGAGGACGAUGAUGUGAUGCAAGACUCGGAUCUGGGGUGGGCGCUGUUCCCUCUUGCGGACCUGAUGGAUAAGAGCGAGCCGUAUCAGGUCACCCUCGACCUGCUGCCCCGCCUGCACGACGACAAGCUGCUGGGCAAGGACCACAAGCUCGGCCGCAUCACUCUGCUGCUGGCGUAUCGUGAUUACUCGGACGAGGAGAGGGACAGUGUGACGGCAGCAGAGAAGGCACGUGGGCCGCGCAUAAAGGACCACAGCGUGCCGGCCGAGCAGGCCACUGCCGCCAUGGCUGCCGCUGCUGCCGACUCCGAGAGGCGCGUGCGCGAGGCGGCUGAACGCGCCCUCAUGACCCCCAGAGUAACCAUGGCGCGGCGCUCGUCUGAGGUGGGACAGAAGUCUACUAAGGUGGUGGAGCAGUCCCAGAGGAGCAGCUCUGAUGCAACAGAUGAUGCUCUGCCUGUCUCCGUUGCUCCUGGCGCCCCUGCUGCUGACGCCCCUGCUGCUGACGCUGCUGCCACUGCUGCUGAUACCGCCCCUGCUGCUGCUGCUGAUGAUGCUGAUGCUGCUGCUGCUGCUGCAGCACCACCAGUGGCCCGUGCGGCGCCCAGCUUGGCACGGUCCAUGGGUGACCUGAAGCACCGGGACAGGGAGGGCGCUCUGCAAGUGUCCAGUGACGUAGAGCCCACGGACUCGGACGCAGCAGCAGCAGGAGCGGAAGGGGAUGCUCCGCUCUCCCCUGCGCUGUCGCCCGGCCCCGAUGGGAAGCCCAAGAGGAGGAGUGGGGCGAUGGGGUUUAUGAGCAAGGUGGGGCAACUCGGCAGGAAUGUGAAGUCGGGCCUUGAGGGAAGCAUGUCUCCCAAGGAGUAA